GUCUUUACUUCCAAGAAAACAACAUUUUCCUGUUAUACGCUCGCUUUCAAAAAGAACACAAAAAAAGUCUCUCUUUCUCCUGUGGAAUUCCAUGAACCCCGAGUUGACUCAGAACUGAGUUGAGUAAAAACUAAAAAACAUCAAUGAGUAGCGACUCGGGAGCAGAAUCUGCGAACGCGCAAAAUGUUGCAGAAAAACCUCAAAAUCAAGUAGAAAGAUUUCACCUUCCUACACCUGAAGAAAUUCGUGGCCAAGAUAUUUGGAACAACUGUGCAGUACGCAGCCUCGUCAGUGGUGUAAUGGGAGGUGGUCUUGGGGUGAUGAUGGGUUUCUUUUUUGCGGCGUUGGAAAAUCCGAUCAUGCAAGAUACAAUGACAACCAGGCAGCAACUUGCUUAUACAGCUAAGCAAAUGGGUCAUAGGAGCUGGAGUAAUUGCAAGACAUUUGCGUUAAUGGGCUUAGUUUUCUCAGCUGCGGAAUGUGUUAUUGAGAAGGCUCGGGCGAAACACGACACCACAAAUACAGUGGUUGCCGGAUGUGUGACUGGUGGUGCAAUUUCAGCAAAAGGUGGUCCUCAAGCAGCUUGUGUUGGUUGUGCUGGUUUUGCUGCAUUUUCAGUUAUCAUUGAGAAAGUGAUGGAGAGAUAUGAGUGAUUCGACAACAAUUUGUUGAGCCAUCAUCAUCAGACUUGCAUUACUGGAGUUCUAAUGCACGGCCUAGGUUGUUGCUGAUAUUUUCUAUAUUCAUGUUAGUCUGAUUGUUGUUAACUCAGGAUCAUCAAUGCAUUACUUCACAGAAGUAAUCCCUAAUUUUGCUCUGUGCCCUUAUCUAUUACAGAAUAUCCAGUUAGGCAUAUACCAUAUUUUUUUUUUGCUUGAAGGUAUCGUCUUAAGUACCUGUUUGUGACAUUAUAUUAAUACAACUUAAAUGAGUUUUACUUGAAA